AUGGGAAAGCGAGAACUCAAGCUGUUGUUACAGAACCAGUCCCACCAGGUGAAGGUCUCCAUCCAAAUCAGUCGCAGCAGGAGGACACCUGUCAUAAGUAAUGGCAUAACAAUAUCCGCUGGAGAUUGCUACUUUGUUGAAGAAAAUGAAAGAGGUCAGUUCCCAUAUUUAACUCAUUCAGUGCAUUCAGAAAGUAUUCAGACCCCUUGACUUUUCCCACAUUUUGUUACGUUACAGCCUUCUUCUAAAAUUGAUUAAAUCGUUUUUAACCCCUCAUCAAUCUACACACAAUACCCCAUAAUGACAAAGCAAAAACUGGUUUUUAGAAAUGGUUGUACACAAAAACUGAAAUAUCACAUUUUACAUAAGUAUUCAGACCCUUUACGCAGUACUUUGUUGAAGCACCUUUGGCAGCGAUUACAGCCUCGAUUAUUCUUGGGUAUGAUGCUACAAGCUUGGCACACCUGUAUUUGGGGAGUUUCUUCCCUGCAGAUACUCUUAAGCUCUGUAGGUUGGAUGGGGAGCGUCACUGCACAGCUAUUUUCAGGUCUCUCCAGAGAUAUUCGAUCGGGUUCAAGUCCGGGCUCUGGCUGGGCCACUCUAGGACAUUCAGAGACUUCUCCCGAAGCCACUCCUGCGUUGUCUUGGCUGUGUGCUUAGGGUUGUUGUCCUGUUGGAAGGUGAACCUUCGCCUCAGUCUGAGGUCCUGAGCACUCUGGAGCAGGUUUUUAUCAAGGAUCUCUUUGCUCCGUUCAUCUUUCCCUCGAACCUGCCUAGUCUCCCAGUCCCUGCGGCUGAAAAACAUCCCCACAGCAUGAUUCUGCCACCACCAUGCUUCACCUUAGGGAUGGUGCCAGGUUUCCUCCAGACGUGAUGCUUGGCAUUCUGGCCAAAGAGUUCAGUCUUGGUUUUAUCAGACCAGAGAAUCUGGUAUCUCAUGGUCUCAGAGUCCUUUAGGUGCCUUUUGGCAAACUCCAAGCGGGCUGUCAUGUGCCUUUUACUGAGGAGUGGCUUCCGUCUGGGCACUCUACCAUUAAGUCCUGAUUGGUGGAAUGCUGCAGAGAUGGUUGUCCUUCUGGAAGGUUCUCCCAUCUCCACAGAGGAACUCUGGAGCUCUGUCAGUGUGACCAUCGGGUUCUUGGUCACCUCCCUGACCAAGGCCCUUCUCCCCUGAUUGCUCAGUUUUUCCUCUGACAUGCACUGUCAACUGUGGGACCUUAUAUAGACAGGUGUGUGUGCCUUUCCAAAUCAUGUCCAUUUAAUUGAAUUUACCACAGGUGGACUCCAAUCAAGUUGUAGAAGCAUCUCAAGGGUGAUCAAUGGAAACAGGAUUAACCUGAGCUCAAUUUUAAGUCUCGUAGCAAAGGGUCCGAAUAUGUAUGUACAUUUUAUUUUUAUUUUUUAUUUUAUUUUAUACAUUUCCCAAAAUUUCUAAAGACCUGUUUUCACUUUUUUAUUAUAGGGUAUUGUGUGUAGAUUGAUGAGGAAAAAAUUGAAUUUAAUCAAUUUUUGAAUAAGGCUGUAAUGUAACAAAAUAUGGAAAAAGUCAAGUGGUCUGAAAACUUUCCGAAUGCACUGUAUAUAUUUCAGAAUUAUUAGAUGAUGCUUAACCAGACACACUUGUCUAAAUUGAUGGAUCCUGUGGAAGAAAAGCUUUAAUCACCCCCCCAGCCAAAUCUAGCGAAGUGGAUGGGUCACUGUCUAGACAUGUACACAUGUUCAUGAAAUACAAUAGAUGGCUGUAAUCACCCCCAGACACACCUGGCUGAUAGUGCCUGCUAAAUUCAAGGCAGCAAUGUUGAGAGCAAUAGCAAGGAUUAUGUACCCAUACUGAGCAGCUCAUGUUAUAGGCAGAAGCAUGCUACAUGGCAGACCAAUCCGAACUCAAUAUGUCCAGCCCACCCAUUAUCUCAGCCAAUCAUGGCUAGCGGGAAGGUUCCUGUCUUUUUCUGUGGCUAAACCAACUAGGCUCAUAAUUUAUCAAUUGUAUUUGUAUUUACAGAUGGCAUACAUCUGUAUAUACUAGUCCACAUGUUCCAGAAGGCAUUUCUGGGAAAAAACGCAUUUUGAUAAAAUAAAAUAAAUUAUAUUAUGUUCAAAUUCCUCUCCUGUGAAGUAGUGACGUGCGACAUACGCCUAGCUUCCUGAAACGGGUCACAAAUGAGCUAAUCAUAACCAGUGUUGUUGUCGAGUCACUAAACCUCAAGUCCGAGUCGACUCCCAAGUCCCUUUUGCUUGAGUCCAAGUCGGGUCACGAGUCCCUAUGGCUCGUUCUAGUUGAGUCCGAGUCCGAGUCCAAGUCCGAGCCACCAAUGGUCAAGUCACGAGUCCCUAUGGCUGAAGUUCGAGUCCCAGUGCUUGAGUCAUGGUCCAAGUGCUCAAGUCUGAGUCCCUGGGUCUUGAAUUUCACAUGAUUCCGGUAUUCGCUUCUGUUUUUCUGUUACGUAUUUGACAUUGCGCUACACUCUUUGCACCAUCUGCUGAAAAACUUUUGAAAGCAAAACAAAGGAUUUGGGGUUCUUUAGACAUAAUAUGAGUAUUUUGGUUACUGCUGAUUUAUUGCUCGCUCAUACUGCCGGCUUGCUGGCUCGGUGCUCGUCUGUUGCUAGAUUCGCGCCUCUAUUGAUCUGGCUCGGAUUUGUUUCGAAAAAAUUCUGCCCAGCAACAACGAGUGGUGGGCUGGCGGAAAGAUUUUCAUGUGAGCAUUAAAGUAACGCAAAGAUGUUUCUCCUGUUGCCCCAUGGUCAUAAUUGCCUGCAAUAUGCAAUAGCCCAUGAAAUAAAUAAGUAAUUCAUAUACAGGCUCACACACAUUUUAUUUUAAUAUAAUGUUCAAUAGUUGUCAAAUCAGUCAUGAUGUUUUGAAGGGAUGAAUGGUCUCUAGACGGAAUUGGCUAUUGCUCCUGUCAGAGUGACUUUUUGCAAUCACCCACUGAUAUUUGUGUAGGCUUUUUAUUGCAGAGUGAAAACUAAAGGGAAAUUGGAAGGGUAGAGCGAGACAACAAAUUCAAAGACAGCCUACUUUUCUAUACUCAAGGUAUAGAAAAGUAAAGCCAUUUGUGUUUCUUAACCAGGCAAAGCUAAAAAGUAUGCUGGUGACUGUUGGUUACGAGGAAGAAAGAGAAUCGCUUGCAUGAUGUGUAGCGUAUGAUUGGAGGUGGAGCCGGAUUCUGCUCGCUUGCUCACCAGCUGAUUAAGGCUGUGUGUGCCGGAUCUGGCGCAGCCUUCCCAUUGCUAGAGAACAGAACCCUCGCUGCUCUGCACACCCAGUGCUGCUAAUAUGCUUCUUAUCAUAGUAGCCUAUCCAGUGCAAAUACAAGUCACGAGAAGGUGAGUCCGAGUCAAGUCACAAGUAAUGCAAAUCGGGACUCUAGUAUGACUCGAGUCCUGGAAUUGAGUACUACAACACUGAUCAUAACCCCCUCCGACUAGUCUGUGUCUAAUAAAACCAUUCAGAAAGUUAGCUACCACCAUGCUGUUCUACACUAUUUAGUUCUUGCUAGUCAUAAUCUUUAACACAAUGGCUUUGUUUUGAAAUUUCCCUUCAGGUGUUAAUGUGUCAUCCGUUGAAGGAGAUGGUGUGGCUCCCCAUACAUCCCCCAAUGCAAGAAAGGAAGAGAAAAGUCCAGCACAGUUCAGGAACGAGAAGUUCCCUGGCAAGGGAAUGAAGAUAACAGUAUCUUCCAGG